UUUCUUCCUUCCGUCCUCCAUUGCUUUUUUUUUUUUUUUUUUUUUUUCCCCUGUAAUGGCAUCCGGCCUGGGGAGACUGCUUUUGCUGGGGCCUCGCCGCCUCCUGGCGCCGGCCGCCCCGACUCCCGUCCCGCCAGUUCGGGGCGUGAAGAAGGGAUUCCGCGCCGCCUUCCGCUUCCAGAAGGAGUUAGAGCGGUGGCGUCUGCUCCGGUGCCCGCCGCCGCCCGUGCGCCGUUCAGAGAAGCCCAACUGGGAUUACCAUGCUGAAAUACAAGCAUUUGGACAUCGGUUACAGGAAACCUUUUCCUUAGAUCUUCUCAAAACUGCAUUUGUUAAUAGCUGCUAUAUUAAAAGUGAGGAGGCCAAGCGCCAAAACCUUGGAAUAGAGAAAGAAGCUGUUCUUCUGAAUCUUAAAGAUAAUCAAGAACUCUCUGAACAAGGGACAUCUUUUUCAAAAACUUGUCUCACACAGUUUUUUGAGGAUGCACACCCAGACUUGCCUACUGAAGGCAUUAAAAGUCUUGUUGACUUUCUCACCGGUGAGGAAGUGGUGUGUCACGUGGCCAGAAACUUGGCUGUGGAGCAGUUGACACUGAGUGCAGAAUUUCCAGUCCCCCCGCCUGUUUUACAGCAGACUUUCUUUGCAGUGAUUGGAGCCCUGCUACAGAGCAGUGGCCCUGAGAGGACCGCUCUUUUCAUCAGGGACUUCUUAAUUACUCAGAUGACUGGAAAAGAACUCUUUGAGAUUUGGAAGAUAAUAAAUCCCAUGGGGCUACUGGUAGAAGAACUGAAGAAAAGGAAUAUUUCAGCUCCUGAAUCUAGACUUACCAGGCAGUCUGGAAGCACCACAGCUUUGCCUGUGUUUUUUGUUGGCUUAUACUGAUUACUGCCACGGAAAAUGAUUCUUAGCACAUUCCUUCCAUAUUGGUUUUUUUUUUUUCCUGUGUAGUUUUGCUCAUUUUUCUUUAAUUUGAUUCUAUUCUUCCUUGGCUUUCAAGUCAACUUAUAUUAAAUCUGAGCUACUAAGUGAAGUUGCUGUUUAUGAGAUUUUCAGAGAUGCUUCUUUUAGUUGGAUAGGUAAAGUUUGGGGUCAGGAAAUUUCUUGGAAGUACUUAAAUGUAAUUGAGAAGUAGCACAUCCAUACCACACUUGUUCAGUGCACAUCCUUUCCUCCCUGUGGGAACAGUUUUACAUUUUUGGAGAAGAGUUUGCUAGUUAUUGUAAUAGAAAUAUCAUUAAAACAGGAAUACCCAUUUUUGUUUAAUUUGGCUUUACUUAGAACACCGAUAACCUUAAGUGUUCACUGCUACCUCAGUAUCUUCUGGGAAUAAGAGCGGAUUAUAAUAUAUAAAAUAAUGUUUUAGGGCGCCUGGGUGGCUCAGUUGGUUAAGCGACUGCCUUCGGCUCAGGUCAUGAUCCUGGAGUCCUGGGAUCAAGUCCCACAUCGGUCUCC